UGCGUUUCAAUCCGUUCCAGUCUGUCUGCCCUGCUGUCGGACUUGAGGAGUAACACUGUGACCUUUCUCUCUCCCUCCCUCUCCGUCUGUCUGUCUGCUGCCGCAGCUGCAUUUUAGCUCCUUUUCCUCGCUGCAUAAUCUCUCCUGGAAAUACUUUCACUCAGAUCCCUAAAUCCAGCCUUGGAAACAUGCUGAUCCUACUUUGUGGCAUCGUAUUCCUGCACAUCGCAGUUCUGGUACUGCUCUUCGUCUCCACUAUAGUCAGUGCCUGGACUGUAUCUUCUACCAGUAUUUCAGACCUGUGGGUAAACUGCUCCACAGUUGGUAAAGUGUACAGCUGCCAGACUGAGGAAACUGGAGUAUGGAUUCAAGCAGUGCAGGCUCUCAUGAUCCUGUCCAUCAUCUUCAGCUUCCUGUCACUGUUCCUAUUUUUCUGCCAGCUCUUCACGCUGCAGAAGGGUGGACGCUUCUUCCUUACUGGAGCCUUCCAAAUCUUUGCCUGUCUGUUCGUCAUGUGCGGUGCGAUCAUCUACACGGUGAUGAAUCAUAGAUGGGUUCCUGCGAGUGAAUCAUAUGGUUUUGCCUACAUCCUGGCCUGGGUGGCUUUUCCUCUGGCGCUCAUCAGCGGCUUAAUCUACGUCAUCUUGAGGAAACGGGAAUGAACAGGGCACCCCCUUGAGGCUUGGCCUCCAGACAUCAAGAGCAUCUAAAGCGCCUACUGCAUCUGCAGACAAGUUUAAACAGCCCAUAUCUUAUAAUACAAUAUAACUACGAUAUCAUACCAAAAAAAAAAUCACCACCAUGAAAAGACAUAACAACCAAUGCGGUCACUGUUUGAAGAUGUAUAUAGUAUCUAUGGUUUAAAACCUAUUUAUAACACUUUUUACAUAUAUGUACAUAGUAUUGUUGUGCGUGUUGACAAAGAGCUUUUGUUUUGUUUGUUUGUUUUUUUGCUAAUUAAGUGCCUAAAAUGUGCGUUUUUGUCAGAGGCAAGUGCAUUAUUAGCCAUAUUAUGUGUUUUUAUUUUUCUUACACUGCCAAAAACAGUUAUAUAUAUAUAAAAAAAAGUCCUCUAAAGUAUUUUAACCAAAGAGCAUGUAUUAAAAAAAUAGCAAUAGUGAGAUGAAACAGCUUUCGAAAAUUAGCGAUGUGGUAACAAUUACUGAAAACUUAUGCUAAGCUAGAUACAAAAGUUGACCUUUUUUUUUUUUUUUGCUUUUAAGAGGAUAUUAAUUUUUUUUAUUAUUUUUAUUCGACAAAAUGGUGCUAUGUAUUUACCAUUCCUAUAGCCAUUUUGAUUUUAUCUAGUCAGACAGACGCGAAUGCCUGCGAGUAGACGUGACAGCUCUGUAUACUUACUUCUGUACAUACAGUACUUACCAAAUAGACUCAUUUUAUAAUAAAUUGUGUUUGAAAUAACGCGAGACUUGAGUAUUAGCUAAGCAAAUGGCUUUGAAAGGCCACAGACGUAGAAAUUGUAGCGAUACUAUAACAGCUAAGAGGGCAUUAUAUUACCAAAUGCCAUCAGGAAGGUGUGAACUGCCCGGUAUGUGAGUGUGAGUGUAUCUGUGUUUUGUGUCUUCAGCUAGCUUAAAAAAAAGAAAAGAAAAGGAAAAAAAACAGCACUAGAGUUAAAACACCUAUUUACUCAAGCUAUUUGUGAUCUGAAGGGAAUCUUACCGGCAUUUUGCAUGGAUUUAAACACCAGACUUAGAUAUUUUCUGGUAGUGGAUGUUCCAGAAUUUUUGCAUUUGUUGCAAUGUUGUGCUGAUACUUGAAAUGUGACAUGCUGAUUAUGUCUGCUAUUGUGAAAAAAAAAAGGCAGAAAACAAAACAAAAAAAGUCUCCACCUUGAAUGCAGUGUUUUAUUGGACGUCAUGUGGUUCUUUACAAAUACAUCACUUGCAAACUCACGAUUUAUCUGUAUGCAACUCACACUGAGGACCAUGUAAGAAGAAGAAAAAAACUAUAGGAGGAUCCCUAUGCACUGAAACCAACAAUAAAUGGCCAUUAACGCAGUUUUGUUGUCAGAUCUCAUGGUUAUUAUGUGAUUGCAGUGUUCUGGUGCAUGUUUUAAACAACAAUUUAAUCAUCAUGACUAAAUUAUUAUGUCCACCUCAUAUUUUAGCAUCAUUUACCCAUGUUUGUUCAACUGUUCUCAGUUUUCUUACAUUAAACACUGAUUUUAUACGUUUCGUUACUACAGAAGAGAUGAUGAUGAUGAUGACAGUAUUAAAAGUUGUCAGCUUUGUUGCAUACUUGUCCAUUAUUAAUACUAAAUCUGGCCUAAAGGCAGGAGGAAACAGUUUCUGUGGCCAGAGGAGGAAGCCGGACCUCUUAUGAUGGCCAUUUUAUAGAAAAGCGCCUCCCUCUGUAACUCUAAGCAGCUGUUUGCAUGUUCACACGAUUGCUUGUGUAUUUAUUAAAAGCUAUUAAAGAAAUGUC